AUGUUGCUACAAGCAACAACCGCCGCACAAUCAUUGGAUGAAAUGGAUUUUGAACGUGGUAUAUGGAAUGCUGCAUUGUAUAAUGAUUUGGAUCGAGUAAAAGUGCUGUUAAGACAUACCUCGCCAAACAUAAUAGAUAAGUCAGGUUAUACAGCACUGCAUUACGCAGCUCGGAGUGGUCAUUUACUUGUCUGCCAAAUUCUUUUAAGUAAUGGUGCUGAUGUAGAUGCUAAAACAAAAGCUGGAGGAGUGACACCUUUAAUGAGGGCUGUUACAGCCGGGCAUGAAGACGUAGUUAAAAUGUUAAUUGACCAUGGAGCAGAUCUUUCAAUUAUGGACAAUGAUGGUAACAAUUCUAUUCAUAGAGCUGUGCUGAGUGGCCAAAUUUCUAUUGCUACAAUUUUGUUGCAUAAAAGACCAGACCUCCAAAACAUGAAAAAUGGGAAAAAUUUAUCACUAACAGAGAUUGCUCUUAAUAAAGGAAUAAUUUUACCUUCUUGAAAAAAGAAAACG